AUGGCUGGCCGACUCCCUGCUGGUCAGCCGCGCCUGCACAACAAUGCCGGGAUUAAAUUCGCCCUUGCUCAGUCUGGAGGUCCAAGAGUAUCCGAAUCAGCCACCUCGAAGACGUUCUCAGAGAGAUCAGCAGAAUCGGCCAACCCAAGCACACGAGACAAGGCGUUGGAAGAGCACAAUCGACAUCGUGGACUGUCUACAUACUCCAACUCAUCAACAGGUCAUUCUGCUCCACAUGACAUUGUUCAAGCACGGUCAGCACGAACUCCCGUACGAACGAUUCCGGCUUGGGUAAGGUCUGUAGGAGAGGAUGACUUGGUGCCGGAACCACCUUCUGAUUACUUUUUUCCAAAUUCUCCACAAUCUGCUUUCGUCGCUCAACACAAUCAUAGCCCAUGGACAAAAUUUAAAGAAUCUAGACAACAAUUUGACAAAUCCGGGGACGGCAAUCCACUACGAUUUGCCUAUCCUCAGCAAGCGAGGAAUUCACGAUGGAUCUCGUUCGCAAAACCAAGCACGUAUCCCAGCGAACAUUGGCAAGGCGAAAAGGUGGAACCAGAAUGGCUCAACACGCACCUUACAGACUAUUCUAAGCCUUGGCUUGCCGAUCACGAUGACGACGACGUUGGAGAUGGCAGUAGUAGAUACCAUGCUUUCAGGAGGAAAAGAAAGACAUGGUACAAGCGGAUGCAGCAGACCAUCCUUCGAAACCCGAUGAUCCCUCUGGUCUUCCGUAUGACUGUUUUUACAUUCUCGACUGUUGCUCUCGCACUCGGAGCAGCAAUACAUCGAGAAUCUGAAGCGUACGGAUUUUCACAAGGUCCAUCGGCAUUGAUUGCAACAAUUGUUGACGCUGUCGCUUUGGUCUAUAUUCUGUACAUCACUUACGACGAGUACACAGGCAAACCCCUAGGCUUGAGACCUGCGAAGGCUAAACUAAAGGUGAUUCUGCUGGAUCUUUUCUUCAUUGUUUUCCAAUCUGCAAAUCUGAGCUUAGCGUUUCAGACGCUGUCCGAUCCCGAUGAAGCUUGCACACCAGGCGACACAGGAGAGCCGUCCGAUACUACGAAUAGUGGGAUAUGCGGUAAGCAGAAGGCUCUUGCUUCGGUGUUAUUGAUAGCGUUGAUUGCAUGGCUGAGCACGUUUUGCGUGAGCAUAUUGAGGUGA